AUGGAAUUUAAAAGAAAAUCAGUCAAAGAAAAGGCAUUGGAAUUGAAGCACUGUUUUUACCAAUUUCCCCACACAGAUGCACACAGCUCAAUUAUUGUUUUUCCUCUUCUCUCUUCGAAGCUUUAUUCCGUCCGUCCGUCCGUCCGUCCGUCCGUCCGUCCGUCCGUCCUUCCUUCCUUCCUUCCUUCCUUCCUUCCUUUCUGUCUUCUUUCUUUCUUUUGUCUUUUCCAAUAUCCAGUCACAUACGUUUUUUUCUUGCCCUCUCUCUCUCUCUCUCUCUCUCUCUCUCUUAUUGAAUUUCUUUCUUUUUCCUUCCCUUUGCGAUAUUUAGCUCAUUCUUACAAUCUGUUUUUUUUUCAUUUUCUUUUCCGAAUUGUUUUUCUUCAUUCUUUUUUUCAAAUAUUUUCUCUUUUCCAAUAUUCAGUUACCAUAAUUAUUCUCUCUCGAUUUCUCGAUCUCUCUCCUUCUCACCCUCCUUUUCCUUCUCUCCUUCUCCCUUUCUCUCCCUCUCUUUCUUUCUCUCUCUCGCUCUCUCUCCCUCUCUCUCUCAUCCUCUCUUUCUCAUCCCCUCUCUCUCUCUCUGUUGCUACAUGCCUACUUGAAUUUUCUUUACUCUUUCUUUCUUUUUGUUCUUUCUUUCUUUUUCUUUCUUUUACGAUAUGUAUUUCUGACCUUUCUUUCUUUCUUUUUGCCUCUCUAACUUUUCCAAUAUUCAGUUACCUUCGUUUUCCUUUACUUUCUCUUUCUCUCUCCGCGAAUUUUAUUUACUUUUUUCUUUCUUUCCUUCUUUUUUUUUCUCUCUACACGAAUUUCUUUCAUAUUUUCUUUCGUUUGCAUUCUUCUUUUUUUUAUUUUACGAUAUUUAAUUAUUCCUUACCUAUUUUUUUUUCAUUUUCUUUGUUUCUUUCUGAUUUUUUCCUUAUCCAAUUACCUCCCUUUUCUCUUGCUAUCCUUCGUCUCAAUAUAUUUUCUUUUUUACUAUUUAAUUAUUACCUAAUUUGGUUUUCUUUCUUUCGCUCUUUCGGUCUGUCUAUCUUUCCCUCUUUCUUCCACUUUCUUUCUUUCUUCCUCUCCGCAGUUCUCUCUUUCUUACCUUUUUCGUUCUUUCUCUCGUUCUAUUUUUUCUUUCUUUCUUCCUGUUUGGUUAUCGUUUUUCUUUCUCUCUCUCUUUCAUUCUGUCUAUCUUUUUGCUUUUCUUUCCUUCUCUCUUUCUAA